CCCGCAGGUCUCCUGGCAGAGAAGGACAGCAAUUACUGCAUCUGCAGGACCCCCUGUAACCUCACCAGGUACAACAAGGAGCUCUCCAUGGUCAAGAUCCCCAGCAAGACCUCAGCCAAGUACCUGGAGAAGAAGUUCAACAAGUCGGAAAAAUACAUCUCAGAGAAUAUUCUCGUGCUGGACAUUUUUUUUGAAGCACUCAACUAUGAGACCAUUGAGCAGAAGAAAGCCUAUGAAGUGGCAGCCUUACUUGGUGACAUUGGUGGCCAGAUGGGGCUGUUCAUCGGGGCCAGCAUCCUCACCAUCCUCGAGCUCUUCGACUACCUGUAUGAGGUAAGGCCUUCCCAUCCUGGAGCUCUCAUCCUGGGAUUUCCCAUCCUGGAGCUCUCAUCCCAAGAUUUCCCAUCCUGGAGCUCCUCAUCCUGGGAUUUCCCAUCCUGGAGCUCCUCAUCCCAGGAUUUCCCAUCCUGGAGCUCCUCAGCCCAGAAUUUCCCAUCCUGGAGCUCCUCAGCCCAGGAUUUCCCAUCCUGGAGCCCCUCAUCCUGGGAUUUCCCAUCCUGGAGCUCCUCAUCCCAGGAUUUCCCAUCCUGGAGCUCCUCAUCCUGGGAUUUCCCAUCCUGGAGCUCUCAUCCUGGGAUUUCCCAUCCUGGAGCUCCUCAUCCCAAGAUUUCCCAUCCUGGAGCUCCUCAUCCCAGGAUUUCCCAUCCUGGAGCUCUCAUCCCGGGAUUUCCCAUCCUGGAGCUCUCAUCCUGGGAUUUCCCAUUCUGGAGCUCCUCAUCCCGGGAUUUCCCAUCCUGGAGCUCUCAUCCCGGGAUUUCCCAUCCUGGAGCUCUCAUCCCGGGAUUUCCCAUCCUGGAGCUCCUCAUCCUGGGAUUUCCCAUCCUGGAGCUCCUCAGCCGAGGAUUUCCCAUUCUGGAGCUCCUCAGCCCAGGAUUUCCCAUCCUGGAGCUCCUCAGCCCAGGAUUUCCCACUCUUGGAUCCCCUCAUCCCUGA